CAAAACCAAAACGAUGCAUUGUUCAACGCAUCGUCUAAAUUUUCAUUGCGGUUGCUUCAUUGUCAAAAUUUUGUGCAUUUUUCGUCGAUCGUAACGAGAUUACGUGCAAUAGAUUCAGUAUAUAUUGGAAAUGGCAAAAUUCAAUCGAAUAUAAUGCCAUAGAAGAUCAACAUUUUCGGUUUCUUGUGCGCUGCAUAGAAAAUAAGAAGAAGGUGAGCAGAACACAAACGCACAGUCGCGGAAGGAAGAGCACAGGGACUUCGAGAUGAGUACAAUAACAAAUACGGCAGCUGCUAGCGGGGCAGUUUCAAUUAAUGCUACAAGUUCCCUGCAAGACAUAGAAACAGUCACAAUUAUUAGUGAUGAUUCUGACAUCGAGAUGACUGAGAUAACCCCUAAGACCAAGGCACGUCCAGGUCUGGGAUCAAAUCAAAUUGACAGUAAAGAUGGUGAUGAAACUGAAGGACGGCGAAUCAGUCGAAGGAAGAAACCUAAAGUUGAGUAUUCCGAUACUAAAUCUGUAAACUCGACAGACAAUUCCAAUAUCGAGAAAAAACAGGAGUUGAAAAUAGAAUCGAAGGUUAAAAAACGGGAACCAGAAACAACGGUCAAAGAUGAAAAAGGGGAAGUUGAACCAAAUCCUCAUCGAGAGAUUUUGACCGGUCUUGAAGGUGCUGCUUUCCAAUCGCGGCUACCAUUUGAAAAAAUGACAGCCUCGGAAGCAGUAUGCUUUCCGGAAAUUACUAAACAUGGGUUAGUAGCACAGCGGGUGUUCCUUAACGUCCGCAAUCGUAUUUUGCAAAUGUGGAUUGAGAAUCCCACGAUGCAAUUAAUCAUAGAGAAUACGCUGAAAAACAUGGAGCAACCUUUCGAUAGCGACCCAAACCUUGUAAGAAAAGUGCAUGCGUUUCUGGAACGGCAUGGAUUUAUCAAUUUCGGAAUUUUCAAACGUUUGAAACCUUUACCUAGUAAAAAAUUGGCUAAAGUAAUAGUCAUUGGGGCCGGGAUAUCUGGAUUGUCCGCUGCUCAACAACUGCAACAGUUUGGAUUUGACGUAAUCGUGUUAGAAGCAAGAGAUCGAGUAGGCGGUCGAAUAGCAACCUUUCGUAAAAACUCGUAUACUGCCGACCUGGGAGCUAUGGUUGUAACUGGUAUUUGGGGUAACCCAAUUACAAUUCUUAGCAAACAAACCGGAAUGGAAAUGUGUCCCAUUAAGACUGCAUGUCCUUUAUAUGGGGCAGGCGGUAAACCAGUUCCUAAACACAAAGAUGAUAUGGUUGAGCGCGAGUUCAAUCGCCUGUUGGAAGCUACGAGCUAUCUUUCUCACCAACUGGAUUUCAACUACGCAGGAAACCAUCCAGUCUCUUUAGGACAAGCUCUCGAGUGGAUUAUAAAGUUGCAGGAGAAACACGUAAAAGAGAAGCAGGUUCAUCACCUUAACAAUAUUAUAAACUGGCAGCAGAAGCUUAUUGACAACCAGCAAGCUAUCAAGGAUACGAUGGAUCGAAUCCGGGAUCUACGUGAUAAGCACAAGGUGUUGCUAGAGACAAAACCUCCUAAACCGGUUGAGAUCGACACAAAAUAUAUAGAUCAUGAGUUUAACAUCAGAGUAACAGCGCGCGAAGAACAACUGGCUUGGAAGGAAAUUGAACGUUUACGAACUAGUCAGGAAGAGAUCGAAGCAAAAUUAAAAGAUUUGGAAAAUGAACAGGUUAGCGAAGUAUAUCUUUCAUCCAAGGACAGGCAGAUUCUGGAUUGGCAUUUUGCGAACUUAGAAUUCGCCAAUGCAACCCCACUCAGCAAUCUUUCACUUAAGCACUGGGAUCAAGAUGAUGAUUUUGAGUUUAUUGGAAACCAUACAACGGUAAGAAAUGGCUAUUCUUGCGUUCCCAUAGCUCUCACCGAAGGCCUGGAUGUACGGGUUAACACAGCUGUGAAGCGAAUUAAAUAUUUUCCCGGUGGUGUUGAGGUGACGGCCGAUCUCAAAUCAAACAAUUCCACCGUCCACUACAAAGCGGACUUAGUACUAUGUACGCUGACGCUGGGCGUCCUCAAAGUGGCCAUCUCCAAGCCAUCAACUCAGACGAACACUGUUCGCUUUGAACCCCCACUUCCUGAAUGGAAGCAAUCUGCAAUCCAACGCCUUGGUUUCGGCAAUCUCAAUAAGGUAGUCCUGUGUUUCGAUAGAAUAUUUUGGGAUCCGAAUACUAAUCUGUUUGGACACGUUGGGAGCACUACUGCCAGUCGAGGCGAGUUGUUCUUGUUCUGGAACAUUUCCCAAUCGCCGGUUCUGUUAGCGCUGGUCGCCGGUCAAUCUGCUGCCAUAAUGGAAAACGUUUCCGAUGAUGUCAUUGUUGGACGAUGUAUAGCGGUACUAAAAAGUAUUUUCGGCAACUCAGCUGUCCCUCAACCGAAAGAAACAGUUGUUACACGGUGGCGGGCAGAUCCCUGGGCCCGUGGUUCAUAUAGCUUCGUUUCGGUUGGAUCAUCAGGUAGUGAUUACGAUCUAUUAGCCGCACCAGUGACACCCCGAUCUAGUGUCGAAACAAACACAGCAGGCAUCAAUGGGUCUUCCCAUUGUGGUAAUGGGAACAACGAUGACGACGACAGUAAAGCAGACAUUCCACGGUUGUUUUUUGCCGGUGAACAUACGAUACGCAAUUACCCUGCCACAGUACAUGGGGCUUUACUAAGUGGCCUGAGAGAAGCUGGUCGGAUAGCAGACUACUAUUUGGGUUUCCCGAACACGUACCCUGACGCACCGAAAGAAGAACCGAAGAAAUAAUGCAUAUAGUGUUAACAGUUCAGCUUAAGACAUUCUAAAUUAUUGCCGACGAUCAAAAAACAUUUUGCACAUUAGUUUUUUCUUUGGAUUCAAUCAACCGAUGGCACACGUCAACGAGCUUUACCGCAAAUUAAUUGGAGAAACAAUAAAUUUAAAUUCAUUGAAAUUACAA